AUGGCACCAAAGGUGUUCCUCUCCGGCGGCGAGGUAGACGCACGAAGAAGAGCGGAGAUGUCGGCGGCUGUGUCCCAUGCACCGGCUUCAGCCGCUUCAGCAGCUGCAACAAGAGCAACUGCAGACGUCGAGGCACCUACUCUCGAUCCCACACGCGACCAACUGCGGCCAGGAGGGCACGCGACAACGUCGGGAGACGCUGCAGCGGUAGAGCUGGCGACCGACCUGGAUGCUGGCGACGCUGCUGCCCCUGCUGGCAGCGAGCAGCCUAAUAACACGCCGCGAGGGCGGGAAGGAUCCAGUCUUCCUCUUCUGUCUGGAAUGGCGGCUAUGAUGUCCAUGAUCUUCAUCCUCGGCGACCUCGUGAACAAGCGCAUGCUCCAUCCUGUUAGCACCGGGGUGUUUCUGCUGUCGGUGAGCUACUGCGUGGCGAUGCUGAGGCGACAGUGGGCAAGCACCGGCGGAGGCACGCGGGAGGGGUGUAACAACAGCUUCACCAAGGAGGCGCGAGAGGAGUUGAUCACGUACUUCGUGUUCGGUGCAGGCCCGGAAGGACUGCCAACGGAGGCGGGGGCGGGAGCGGGGGCGGGGGCGGGAAAGAAGGGAAACCGCCCAAAGCAACAAGAGCGGGGCAACGGUGCAUCGGGUGACGAGCUUCAGCUACUCCGGCUGGUCCUGAGCUACCGAGAGCAACCGGUGAAGGUGAAGGCGGCGGCAGAGGAGGACGACCCGGCCAGGGCUUGCGACUCGGGAGAGUGGUCGACGGGUCAAGCGUGCAUCGUGUGCUUCGGCGACUACGAGCCCGGAGACCGGUUGGCCCGCCUGCCGUGCCGGCACGUGUACCACGCACAGUGCAUCGACGAGUGGUUGGACAGGGCGAAACUCCCUAGCUGUCCGUUGUGCAAGACGGACCUCCGCCAUGCAACGCCCCCCGAUGAUCCCUGUAGGAGCAUCUCUACUGCUGGUGGGGGCGGUACGAGUGCCAAUGCUGCCAGAGUUGGAGGAGGCAGCGGCGGCGGCGGCGGGGAGAGGGUCGAGUUUACGGGUGACAACGCCGUGUAA